AUGGCCAAGCCCAUACCAGCUGAUUUUGACCUACGACAUUUAUCCAGAGAACUGAAAUCAGAGGAGACAUUUUUCGAUGCAACUGUCAAUAAGUUUGGCAAAGGUAAUGGUAAGGAUUUGGUGCUGGGAACUAUUAGUGGAUGGGUAGCAGGAGUGGGCGUUAUUAAAAUAGGUAAAACUACGGCGGUUGGUAUCGGAGGGAGCAUACUGUUGUUGCAUUUUGCGACGGAACUAGGAUAUCUGUGUGUGAACUGGGACAAGGUGAGGGAAGGGAUGGGCCGAAGCCAGGAGCUUAUCGAUAUGGUUCUGAGGUUUGUAAGGAAAAACAGCUGUUUUUCUGUAGGCUUUGUCGGCGGGUUCUUCUUUGGUGUUGGCUCUACCUGA